AUGUCGAAUGCUCCAACAGGAAAGUAUAAUAUUGGAGGGCGCACCGAAUGCGAGACGAUGGUUAAACGAUGGGGAUUCAAGCAUGUUUUCACAUGGGCAGACUCAAGCGAUGCCUACUAUCCGCCACAUACUCACACUUCAGUGACGACACACUUGAUUUGCCGAGGAAGCCUGACUAUCACCUAUCCCGAGGAUAAUCAGGCAAUACACAAUGGCGAGGUAAAGAAAGAAACAUUUGGUGUUGGGGAUAGGAUUGAUGUACCUGCUGGGAAGCUUCACGAAGUCUGGAUUGGGAAGGAGGGAUGCGAGUAUGUAAUUGGCGAGUGA